AUGGCUGAUCAAAGACUCGCCCGUGGCGGCUUCACUAACGAGCAUCAAUUCAGCUGGCGCAAUCUGCGCUUGGUGAUUCUUGUCUCGAUGGGGGCCUGUGCCUUCGGGUAUGGAGUAUCCAUCAUUGGCACCACUCUUGGUGAACCUGGUUUUCUGCUCUAUAUGGGUCUGGUCGAUCCUAAGACUCGAGAAACAACCCCAAAUUCUGCUGGCCUUGUGGGUGCCAUAACAGGCACAUUCUACGCAGGCUCCUGCUGUGGUCUCCUCAUUGGCAGUUGGGUGAUGGACAAAUGGGGACGGAAGGCAGGCGUGAUAUAUGCUGCGGUCAUUGGAAUCAUUGGCACCGUAGGGGUCACAGUCGCUCAGAACGUGGCCAUGUUCAUCGUCUUCCGUUUCUUCUGCGGAGUUGGGACGAACGCAUUCUUGGGCGUUACCGGAGUGUUCGCUUCCGAGCUUGCGCCACCUGCACUGCGAGGCCUCUUCGUAGGCAUGGUCGGCGGCGGUCUAGUGAUUGGCUACUCGAUCGCUUCGUUGAUGGGACUGGCCGGCUUUUACAUCCAUGAUCUCCAGGCUCAGUGGCGCGUUCCAUUGGGUUUGGGUCUCGUAUUUCUGGUCUUCAUGCUGUGCAUCCUCCCUCUGCUUCCCGAGUCGCCUCGAUGGCUUCUCAUGGUUGGCCGCGAUGCGGAAGCGAAGGCCAUCGUCUUCGACAUCCACAAAAGCCCUAAAGACCAAAGGCACACCUUUGCAGAGCGAGAGUUCUUCCAGAUGCACCAACAGAUCGAGAUCGACAGAACCAUGAAGUCGUCGUGGUUGGAAAUGUUCAGAAGGCCUUCCUACAGGAAACGGUCCAUCAUUGCUUUGACGUUCGCGUUCUUCAACCAGAGUACGGGAAUUCUUGUCAUCGGCAGCUAUGGGACCCUCAUAUACAAGAGCCUUGGGUUCAAUGCGAGGGAUGUACUUUGUUUCCAGGUCGGAUGGAUCUUAACGGCAGUGCCAUUUAAUUUUCUUGGUGCGUGGCUCUCGGAUCGCUGGGGCCGAAAGCCAUUGUUCAUCAUAGGCCUCGCUGGUUGCGCAAUCAGUCUGUCUCUGGAAGCUGCAAUGGUGGCCACCUAUGUAACUCCGGAGAAGCUCGCCCAUCCAAACAAGGCGGCUCUAGGCAUAGCUGUCGCAGCUUUAUACAUGAUUAUGAUGUUCUUUGGUGCGACUCUGGAUGUGGUGGGUACACCAUUCAUCAAUGAGGUCUUUCCGAAUCAUCUCAGGUCCAAAGGUUACAGCAUGACCUUGGCAAUGACAACUUGCACUACGCUGAUCUAUACCGAAGUCGGCCCUACGGCUCUCGAGCACGUCGGCUGGAAAUAUUAUCUCCUCUUCAUUUGCGCCUCUGUGGUCGGUUGCUUCUGGAUAUACUUUGUCUUUCCUGAGACGAAAGGUCUGCCGCUUGAAGAAAUCGCUGCGUUGUUUGGUGACGCGGAUGAAGUGGCUGUGUACUCGGCAAAUAUCGUGGAAGAUGAGAAGGCCAUCCCAGUUCAUGUCGAGCAUGGAAAGGAGGAGGGAGUCGAAGUCAAGGUUGUUGGGUGA